AUGACGACACCGCCUACGUUGCCGACACCGCCUGCAUUGCAGACAACGCUCCUGCCGCCUCCGAAGCCCCUCGACACAUCGCGAGACGCUUGGCUUGGGUGGAAGACCUGGAAAAGUGAGUUUGAACUGUUUUCCACGGCAACUCAGCUGAACAAGCAACCAAAAGAAGUGCAGGCGGCGACGCUUUUAGUGACCAUUGGGGAAGAGGCUAGAAAAGUGUUCGCUUCGUUCAAGUUUGAGCCAGGAGAGGACACAACCGAUGUAACCCUUAUAAUUAAAAAAAUUGAAGACUUCUACCAGCCCGCGAAGAACCUCACUUACCACGAGUUUUGCUUCGGCUCCCGAGACCAAAAAGAGGACGAAAGUUUCAAUGACUGGCUUGUCGAAUCGCGAACGCUAGCCCAACACUGCGAUUUUGGAGACUUAGAAGAGCGCAUGCUUCGUAGCCGCAUCAUACUCGGUAUCCGGGACAAGGGACUGCAAAAGAAGUUAAUUUCUGAAAACCCCUCUUACCAAAGAGUAGUCGAAAUCUGUCGCAUCCAAGAGCAAGGCGAGGAGCAGUUUCGACAGAUACGUGGCACCACUGAAGGCGCUGAAACUGCAGCCGUAAAUGUGUUGGCCAGAGUAACAAAGCCAUGUAACAAAUGUGGCUACAAAGUUCACCGCGGCAGCCGCUGCCCUGCAACAGGGAAAGCGUGCAAGAAAUGCGGAGGAUUGAAUCAUUUCGCCCAAGCAUGCUCGCAGUCAUCCUUCUUGCACAGCGAAGAUGCAAAGCGCAAGGAAAUACGACAGCUACAUGUUGACGAAAGGAGCAAGUUCGCUACUUGGGACACAUUUUCACCACGCAAGAACUGA